UGCUUGCAUAUCAGUCUGCUGACGAUCUCCCGCAGAGCUGAGUGGAGCUAUAAUCAGGGCUCUGGUUCCAGCCGGGGCAACCUUAUCCCCUCUGGAGGGCAUUUGUUAGGGAGCUUGGUUUGGACAGGAUCUGUCCAGUUCCACCGUAUUCUGUUGCAGUGACCUGUGUUCCCAGAUAGCAGGGAUUUUCAAGGGAGGGCACGGACAGCUGUCAAAUCUGGAAAGUGGGACCCACACCUCUCUAGGCACAUCUUGCAGCCAUAGAGCUAAAAGGUCUGUGGGACAAUGGAAACUCAACCCUUCGGUCCUCGAGGAGAAGGAGAGAGGUUGCCAAGGGAAGAUAGCUCCAGAAUUAAACUCCACUCUGGCUCUCUGGGGUCCCAGCACCAGCAUCUCGGAGUAGGUGCAUUCGCGGUGGGACUUGGAAUAGCUGUGCUUUGCUACACGGUUUCUCUAAGGACGACAAACAGGAUGAGGAUGGAGCAGCUGGACCUACAGGCGGGUGGAUUCACCAUCCAAAGCCAGAGAGGAGAGGUGGUCAUCCAGCUGGCCUUCCAAUCAAGCCUCCUUGACCUGGACUCAUGCUCCAAGGAAGGGGAUGCUUUAACCUGUACCAGCUCAGACAAAGGGAAGUUUUAUUUCCUCAUCCAGACCUUCAGGCCUGAGGCUGCAGUGAUGUGCUACUCCAUUCACUGGGAGGAAUUUGUAGCAGACACGGUGGUGGAACACAGAUUGUUCUGGGGGAAUGCCCACUGGUACGGAGGCUAUGAGAUGAGUGUGCAGCACUGGCCAAUCAGGCUACCAGGCUACCAAGAGCCUAUGCCAUUUGUGACUAGCGAUGUGUAUUCUUUCAGGAACAGCUUUGGAGGCAUCUUGGAGCGGUACUGGGUCUCCUCCAAAGCAGUGGCCAUCAAGAUCGCUGACUCGGUGCCCUUUCACCUUGGAUUCAACGCCUCUGAAAGAUCCCUCUUCUUCCAAGCCAAGUAUAAAGAUUCUCCCUAUAAGCCUCCCCUGGGGCAGCAGCCUUUCUCAGAGCUGAGUUACCAGGUCUGCAUAGCGUCAGACAUUACUUCUGUCCACAAAUACAUGAUGCAGAGAUAUUUCAAAAAACCUUUGAAGGUUCCUUCUGAAAACAUCUUCCGGUAUCCAAUCUGGUCAACUUGGGCCUUGUACAAAAAGGAAAUUGACCAGGAUAAACUACUGGAAUUUGCACAAAUGAUUCGAAAUUAUAGCUUCAGACACAGCCACCUUGAAAUAGAUGACAUGUACAUGCAGAAUUAUGGUGACUUUGACUUUGACACAUUAAAGUUCGGACGCGCAACAGAAUUGUUUGACAAACUUAAGAAAGAUGGAUUUGAUGUUACCCUCUGGAUACACCCUUUUGUUCACAAAAGUUCACCAAACUUUGAGGUGGGGCUAGAGAGGCAGCUUUUUGUCACAGAGCCAAUGGGGCAAUUGCCUGCUGUGGUUGAGUGGUGGAAUGGUGUUGGGGCCAUUUUGGAUUUCACCAACCCUUCGGCCAGGGAAUGGUUUCAGAGCCAGCUGUUACGGCUAUGCUCCAAAUAUGGCAUAUCAUCCUUCAAGUUUGAUGCUGGUGAGACAUGUUACCUUCCCAAGCACUUCAGCACCUUCCAGUUCCUGUCAGACCCCAGCAUCUGGUCCAGGCAUUAUGCAGAAAUGGCUAUUCCAUUUUAUGAGCUUGCUGAAGUCCGAGUAGGUUACCAAUCUCAGCACGUCUCUUGCUUUGUUCGGGCCAUGGACCGGGAUUCAAUUUGGGGGCAUGAGCUUGGACUCAAGUCCUUGAUACCUACGGUGUUGACCAUUGGCCUUUUGGGAUAUCCCUUCAUACUACCAGACAUGAUUGGUGGAAAUUUUCUCCCUAACAGGACAGAAGGUGCUGUAGAUAUCCCAGAUCAGGAGCUCUAUAUUCGGUGGCUGGAGCUGUCAGCAUUUCUGCCUGCCAUGCAGUUCUCCAUCCCACCCUGGCUUUAUGACAGGCAAGUCACUGAAAUUGCCCGGAAGUUCACGGAGCUCCAUGAAUCCCUGGUGGCCCCUCUUUUGCUGGAGCUGGCAAGGGAGGUUGCGGACACAGGGAGCCCCAUUAUAAGACCCGUCUGGUGGAUUUCCCCCAGUGAAGAGUUGGCACACAAAAUUGAUUCCCAGUUUCUCGUCGGAGACACCCUGAUGGUAGCUCCUGUCUUGGAGCCCGGUGAACGAAAGAGAGAUGUGUACCUUCCGGCGGGCAAAUGGCGCAGUUACAAAGGAGAGUUGUUUGAAAAGACCCCCAUCCUCCUUACAGACUACUCCGUCAACUUGGAUGAAGUUGCUUACUUCUCUUCCGUGGCUUAGGCUGCCCUGGGGCCAGGUAAAGGACUCAGUGACCUCAUCUGCAAUCCUGGAGGUGGCUUUGAUAUAAUCUGUUUAUCUUUAUUAUUAUUAUUCUUAUUCUUUCUCCUCAGAGCAAAGAUUUGUUAUGGCAAUAAACUCCUGCUAUGGUCCCCUUCUGGCAUUUAGUUGUGCAGAAUCUGUGCUACUCUCAAGCUUUUUAUCUCACUCUCCCAUGACGGGGAAGGGCUAUUAUCUGCACACUGCAGAUGGGGAAACUCAGGGCUACGUUCACUAACUGACAUAGGCAUGGUGUGGAGAGAGGUGAUAGAGAGGAAUUUCUCUCCCUCUUUCACAUCACUAAAACCAGGGCCUUCCAAUGGAACUGAAGGUCGGGGGAUUUAGGACUGACAAAAGGAAGAACUUUUUCACACAGCACAAAAUUAAUCUAUGGAAUUCUCCACCGUGGGGUGUGGUGAUAGCCACCAGCCUGGGUGGC